CAAUAAAGGCGGCGGCACGCCGCAGCGCCUAGCUUGGCCCUUUGGGCGCGCAUGACCCUCGCUUCUGGAGUCUCUGCUGGCCCGUGUCUCUCCCGCCCGGACCCGCGCCCACGAUGCUGGCGCUGCACUGCGGCCCCCGUCUGCUCGGCCCCCUCUCCGGCCCGCGCUCCGCGCACCUGCGCCUACUCGCGGCCCGCGCUUGCAGCAGCGGCUCCCGAGACCCGUCCUCUUCCUCCCGGAACCCGCUCGUGUACCUGGACGUGGGCGCCGACGGGCAGCCGCUCGGCCGCGUGGUGCUGGAGCUGAAGGCAGAUGUCGUCCCAAAGACAGCAGAGAACUUCAGAGCCCUGUGCACCGGGGAGAAGGGCUUCGGCUACAAAGGCUCCACCUUUCACAGAGUGAUUCCGUCCUUCAUGUGCCAGGUAGCGGCGGCCUCUUCCAGCCUUGGGUUCCUCUUCUCUAAGUGGGGGUAG